GAGGGGCGGCUGGCGGAGCUCGGCGCCGCGAGGGACGGCCUGACGGGGCGCGUGGCGGAGCUGGAGGGGCAGCUGGAGGCCGCAAACGCCUCGCUGCGCGACGCUGAGCGCGCUUGCGACGCAUUGGACGGGUACCUGGGAAUUGCGGCGUCGGAGGGCGACGGCGGGAGCGAUGCACCGGUUGCUGGCCGUCUCCGGCGUGCCUCGGUUGUCGUGCGGGAGCUGACGGAGCAGCAUUCUCGCCGUUUGUUUGAGCUUUUUGAAGUUGAUUCCCGUCGCAUGGCGGAACUCGCAUUUUACUCAGCCUCUUCGGCGUUAUCUUUGCAGGAAUCGAAUGAAGUGCUGCGUCUUCUUGAGGCGCAGCGCGGGGAAGCGGAGGCGCUGACGCGCUGUUUUUUUGAAUGUGGGGUGCUUGUGAAUGGGGCUACGGAGGAUUUGCGCGCAUCCUUAAGUGAUUUAGUCGUGUGCUCUUCUUUCGACGAGUGCUCGUGCAAAGCCGUCGAAGCGUCCUCCUUCUCCGGCGGCGUGGAUCUUGCCGGUUUUGUCGCCGAGGUGGGGAGGCUGCGGCGCCUCGCUGAGGCGUGGCACGCGGUUGCGCAGAGUCAGCGUGUGGCUUGUGGGCGUUAUGAGGGGGUGGGCGAGUCGUUGCGCGACGUCUUUGCGGCGCUGGGGAUGGAGGCCCCCGCCGCCGCCGUGGCUGAUGCGCUGGAAGCGCGUGAGGAGGCGCUGGGGGGCGUAGUGGCAUGGGCGGCCGCCGCGGGGGAUGAGGGGAGGGCGCCGCUGGCGCGCUACGCGGAGGCCGCAGCAGGGGUGCUGGGGGCCGUGGAGGCGGACGUGCUGCGCUGCGUGCCGCGUGCGGUGGGGCGUAUUGCGGAGUUGCGCCGCGCCCACGACGCGGUGGUGGCGGCGGUGGGGGAGGGAAAAGUGUGGGCGGCGGCGGCUGCCGGUGGCGGCGAAGAGGAGGCGGCGGCGGCGCUGCCGCGGGAGUUGGCGGGGCCUGACGUGGAGGAGGAGCCCGUCGUCACGAAGAUCCAUUGGCUGCAGUUGUGCGUGCGGGACGCGCGGACUUCUCUCGCGACGUCCGUCGGUGGCGUUGACGACGACCACGAGGCCGUCGAAAGUGGCGUCGGCGCGGUGCAGCAGCCUUUCGCCGCCCUUCCGCUGGAGAAGCGGGUGCACGAGCUGCGGGAGGAGUGCGAGAAGGCGGCGGCGGCGUUCGUGGAAAUCAAGUCGCUUUUGUGUGGCGACACGGAGGAGCAGGAGGCGCGGGACGGGGGCGACGGGGCAGCUGGCGCGGACGGCCCCGGCGCCGGUCUGCCCGUGCACGGCUACGACGACCUUGUGAGGCUCGCGCGGCGCUGCGUGGCGCGGGCCCGCGAGGAGCGGGAGAAGAACCAGCGGCUCUGCGAGGAACUGCGUCGUAUGCUCGACAACACGUCCGCCACGCCGGACUCCCCGGCCGGCUCGUCGCCGCCGGUGUUGCGGCUGCAGCCGCCCGUUACCGCGGACGCCGCCGUGCUCGCCAGUGAGAAGACGAAGCUGCUGAUGUCGAUGCGCGAGCCCGUGGAUACGGAAGCUGACGCGGGUGGCGCGGGGCAAACGCUUCCGUCGCCGAAGCGGCUGGAGUCGUUUGAGAUUGUGCACCAGGUGAAGGAUCACAUCAACUCGCGGGCGGCGGAGGUGCGGGUGCUGCGCACCGCCAUGACGACGAGUGUCGAGACGCUUGGCGGCGACGCCUUGUCCCACGGUGCCGACUCGCACGCCAUCGCCAGCGUGCUGCUGGACCUUGUGCGGGAGACGAGCUCCUCCAUCAGCGAGGUGCACGCGAUCAUCGACCCCGACUCCGCCGCCGUGCGGCAUGGCCCGCUGCGGCUGCGCGACAUCGUGGGCCGCCUCGAGGCGAAGGUGCAGAAUUGGGAGAGGAGCAUGCGGGAGGCGCGGGCGCUCGUGGACUCCGUCAUGCACGUGAACGACCCGAACUUUGCGCUCGUCGCCCCGCCCGGCCGCGCACUCACGCGCAAGGCGAAGCCGCAGCCGGUCGCGGCCGGGCGGGUGGACGACCCCCUCGUGCUCAGCCGCACCUUCCCGGCGUCGACGGAGGGCGCGAUGCUCGCCAACUUGGACGCCGCGGCCGUCCCGGCCGCGUCCGCCACGAGUUGCCCCACCAGCGUGUCCUCCGCCGACGCCGCGGGCGGUUUUGGGCUGAAUGAGAAACUGAUCCGCGACGCCGUCCUCGAAGUGCGCGCGAAACUCGUUGGGAUCCGGCAGCUGACGAACGCCUGCGUCACCGCCGUCUGCCUGAUGGGCGGCGGGGAGGGGGGGAGCCAGACGCUCGACAUGCUGCCGGUGCGGCUCCUGCAGAAGGCGCAGGAGGUGAGCGAGGUGAUCCAGAUGACGCGGGACGCCGCCGCCGUGCUGGACGAAGCGGGGGAGGGGCAGGCGGAGGCGGCAGCAGCAUGCGGCGGGGACGGCGGCUCGCUAGCGAUGUCGCCAACGCUUCGCGCCCGCGUGGAGCGCCUCAUUAAGGGCGCGAAGGUGCUGCGCAACGAGAAUGGGACGCUGCGGCUGGAGGGAGACGUCCUGCAGCGGCAAAAGGCGUUUCUGCUGCGUGAUUUUGAAGAUAUGCGGCUAAAAUACGCGCGAGCGGAGCGGCUGCGCAGCGAGGCACUCGCGAAACUCUCGGCGGAGCGCGACGAACUCCGCGGGAAGAUCGAGGGCUGCACGCGGGACAUCCAGCAGCGGGACGACACGCUUGCGCAGCAGCAGCAGCGGACCGCCGAGCUUCAGGAGGCGUGCAACAGGCUCCAUGUCGAGUGCGAGCUGCUGCAGCGGCACUUGACGACGGUGCGUGCCACGCGGGACGAUUUGCAGGCGUCGGAGAUGGGCUUGCGGGAUGCGGCCGUGAUGGUGCGGCGAGCAUCCGCGUUUGUGCGCGAAGGGCUCUACAGCGCCAUUGAACAACCAGCAAGGAAGUCGUUCUCUCAAACGGCAGCAGCAGAAGCAGAAGCAGUGGCGGCGGUAAAGCCCGCUGGGGCGCCUGCGCAAGACGAGGAACGAGAGGACACCGUGCAGGCAUCGGCGGUCCGGGAUGCGGUCCCCUCCGCGGCGCAGCUACUGGCGGAGAGCGGCCGUGACCUGCGUCGCUGUGGGCAGGCCCUCCAGCAGCUUAGACUGCACCUACGCACCGAGACGCAGCUGCGCAAUUGGGUGCUGCAGGUGUGUGAGCAGAAGAAGGUUGUGUUGGUUGAUUGGGAGGCGGCCGAGCGAGCUCUCCUGCUUGAGGCGUUCCGCGCUGGGGUCUUGUGGCUGAGCGAAAAAAAGCGGGCGGCGAAGGAGCGGGAAGAUGCGGUUCACUCCCUGCAGCAGCGCCUGGAAGAGGAAUUCCGCAGUCACGAGGAGGAGCGCGCGACGUGGCGGCGGCGAUUGCACGACCUGGACGAGUCUUACGCUGAGCGCGGCGCCACGUUGCAGCGCUGCAUGGAUUCCCUGCGGGACUGCGGCGCGCAGCAGGAGCUCCUGCGCACCGAGGCGGAGAAUUGGCGCUUCCGCGCGGCGGCCGCAGCGGAUGAGGCCGCCGCCACGCGCGCCGACGCCUGCAAAUUACGACAGGCGCUGGAGGAGCUCCGCGGUCAUCUGGAGGGGCAGACGAAGCGGAGCACGACGCCCGCGGGGGGGGCCGGGUGGGGUCCGCCUCGUGCGGCACGCAGCUGGACUGCAUGCCGGCCGUCCUCGAGCUUGUGGCGGCGGUGGGCGGCGAUGGGGCGGCUGGGGAGGAGCGGCUGGGGGAGCGACUGGCCGACGCCGUCGGGUGCGCGCGGACGCUCGCCACGGACCGCUCGCGCUGCCAGGCGCUGCUGCAGGAGGAGCUGGCGAUGA